AUGCCCUUCAGGAUGCCGGAGCUCAUCUCCGUCCAAGACUUCAUCUCCCAGACUCUGGAGGAUCUGAGCUCCCCAACCACCUCCUCCUUCACCAGCCACAUGGGCAAGUGCCGAGGCACCAUCUGCAGCCUGGAGGAGGCCUUGGAUUCUGAUCGAGCUGUAUUGCAAAAAAUGAGGAAAGCCACCAAAGCAGAGCAUGCUUCUGGACAAGAUCUCGCUAGCCACAUAGAAGCUCAUAUUGCAGCCCAGGAAAAAUUCUCUGCAAACUACCAGAGUGAUGGUGACAAGCAACUGGCCGGUGCCUUCCUCUCCUUUGCCGAGUUCUCCCGGGAGCUGCUGGCCCCAGUCAAGGGUCUGUUGCAGAGCUUGUCUCACAACAUUAACUUUUCCUUGGACUCGCUGGUAAAGAGAGACUUAAAAGAGCUCAAAGGGGACUUCAAAAAGCCUUUUGACAAAGCCUGGAAAGACUAUGAGAAUAAACUCACAAAGAUUGAGAAGGAGAAGCGGGAGCUGGCGAAGCAGCACGGGCUGGUGCGGAGCGAGGUGGUGGGAGGGGAGAUCGCGGAGGAGAUGGAGAAGGAGCGCAGGAUGUUCCAGUUAAACAUGUGUGAGUAUCUGAUCAAAGUGAAUGAGAUUCAAACCAAGAAAGGAGUGGACUUGCUGCAGAACCACAUCAAGCAUUGCAAUGCUCAGUUCAAUUUUUUCCAGGAAUGUUUAAGGGCAACAGAGACGCUUAAGCAGUUGAUAGAGAAGCUCACCCCUGAGCUACAGAGCAUGAAGGUCAGGCAGGACGAGGAGAAGCAGCAGCUGUGCUCCCUCCGGGAUCACCUGAAAGCAGCAUUACAACUGGAGCAGAAAGAGGACUCUGCUAACAAGCAGCUACGGUACAACAUGCACCAGCUGCAGGGGAACAAGCAGUAUGGGACCGAGAAAUCGGGGAACCUCUUUAAGAAAAGUGAUGGGUUGAGGAAGGUCUGGCAGAAGAGGAAGUGCACGAUCCAGAAUGGCUACCUGACCAUCUUUCACAGCACGCUAAACCGCCCACCAGCCAAGCUGAAUUUGCUGACUUGCCAAGUGAAGCCGAACCCUGAUGAUAGGAAGUGCUUCGACCUCAUUUCACAUAACCGCACGUACCACUUCCUGGCAGAGGACGAGCAGGAAUGCACCGCCUGGAUUUCUGUUCUCAGCAACAGUAAGGAGGAGGCUCUGAAUGUGGCAUUCAGCCGGGUGCAUGGCAGUCGAGAGAGCAGCAUGGAGGGGCUGACCAGGGCCAUCAUCGAGGAAAUCAAGUGCAUGCCAGGGAACAGUGUGUGCUGUGACUGCUCAGCACCAGACCCAGCCUGGCUCUCCAUUAACCUGGGCAUCCUGAUCUGCAUCGAGUGCUCCGGGAUUCACCGGGAGAUGGGCGUGCACCACUCCCGCAUCCAGUCGCUGUCUCUGGACAAACUUGCAACCUCUGAGCUCUUGCUGGCUAAGAACAUUGGCAAUUCUGGCUUUAACGACAUUCUGGAAGCCAACCUCCCCAGCCCUUUGCUGAAGCCCACAACUGGCAGUGAUAUGGCCCUUCGGAAAGAUUUCAUCAUCUCCAAGUAUGUCGAGAGGAAAUACGCCAAGAGGAGCUCUAGGAGCCCAGCUGCCCAGCGCCAGGAGCUACAGGAAGCCAUCAGGUGGAAGGACUUAUUUGCAUUGCUCCAAGCCUAUGCCGAAAAGGUGGAUUUAAGUGAGCUUGUUCUGGAGCCUGUGCAGGAACCCGGGGAAACUGUUCUCCACCUGGCAGUGUUGUUAGCUGACCGAACCUCUCUACACAUUGUAGACUUUCUGGUGCAGAACAGUGGGAGCCUUGUGAAGCAGACAGUGAAGGGAAACACACCGCUUCAUUACUGCUGCCUCCACAAUAAACCCGAGUGCCUCAAGCUCUUUGUGAGAGCCAAAGCCAGCAUUGCCAUCACCAAUGAAGCUGAAGAGACGGCCCUGGAUGUGGCCAGGCGCAUGAGACACUCCCUAUGUGAAGAACUGCUGCUGCAGGCUCAAAACAAUCAGUUCAACAUGCGUGUUCACGUGGAAUAUGAGUGGCGGCUGGGCCAGGAUGACAUGUAUGAGAGCGACGAUGAUCUGGAUGAGAAGUUGGGUUCCCCGAAGGAGCGCAUUCUCCGCCCUCAGAGCUGCUACCAUUCACCUGCCACUGCCUCUCAGCCAUGGGGAAAUGCAGCAGGGCUUUCAAAGGGUGCAAUUCCAGCUCCCCAGGGGAAAUUGCAUGACAUCUAUGCACACCCUCACUCCCACAUACCAGCAGCCCCUGGCUCUGCUCCAUGUGUGCCGCCUCUUCCACCACGCAGUGUAAACCGAGCUCCCAAUGUGCCCCCGCCCGCUCCUCCUGCCAGCCUGCUGGCCAGUGCUGUGGACCCCGGAGUCAGGAAGAUCCUGUCGCUACCUCUGAGCAUCAAGCACAGACGAACCUCAUCAGAGCCUGUGCCCUGGGUGCCGCUCAGCCCCACGCAGCCCAGCCCAAGCAGCCUGGCUCCAGAUUCUGGAUCCUCCUCACCUCCCAAAGGCCAUUCUGCAGCAGGAGACCCUCCCAGGAGACUGAGCACCGGAUCCCGCCAGGGCACCAGCCACUCCACCACCAAGGACACGACACACCUUGCUGCCCUGGAGACAGUGGAGCCGCUCUUUGAGGCCAGCCCCAGCAAAGGAAGAAGCCGUGGGCUGCCGUGGCCCUCACAAGACCCAGGUGGAGGCUCUGGCCCAGCACAGGACGUGCCGCCCCCGAUCCCAAGGAGGGAUGGCCUGAGUAAACCGCGCUUCUUCCAGGUCCGAGCCCUGUAUGACUGUCAGGCUGACCGUGAGGAUGAGCUGACCUUCCGUGCGGGGGAGAUCAUCAUUGUGGCCGAAGAGGAGGACUGCAAUUGGUGGAACGGCUGGAUUGAAGGGCAGCCCCACAGGAAAGGCGUCUUCCCAGCAUCAUUUGUUCACGUGCUGAGUGAAUAGGACCUGGAUGGCUGACAGAAGAAGGAACAUCUCAGCUGCUCGAAGUGCAGAUCCCCCAGACUCCCUGUUUUCAGCAGGCUUCCUGCAGAGAACACACUUGGCGAGCUUGUGCUGUCUCAUCUCUUGUACCUUGUCACUCUCACCUUCAGGCCUGCAGUAUGUGGUUCGGCCCACGGGGCCCAAAGCGGGGCUUGGAGGGGUCAGGGCUUUGCCUGUCUCCUGAAUUGCAAUCAAGUAUCCUAU